AGUUGUGAUAACAGGAUAUCGGUGGACCACCACAAUAUGCUGGCAGCUGUCAGAAAGAGCUUCUCCAAGGCCAAAUGACCGGGCCAACGGGAUACAAAUAUUGAUUUGCAAUAAUUGCAAUUUUUAGAUUAGACCAUUAGCAAGUAGCCUUAGUCAUGGAUUUCACCGACUUUGAGGUGCGCAAGUGCCCAUCAACAGUCAUGUACAUUCCGAACUUCAUCACCUCAGAUCAAGAGCAAUCCAUAUUAAGUCACAUUGAACGCACACCAAAGCCACGCUGGACGCAGUUGCUCAAUCGCCGCCUGGUCAACUACGGCGGUGUGCCGCAUCCCAACGGCAUGAUAGCCGAAGAAAUACCCGAAUGGCUGCAAAGUUAUGUGGACAAGGUCAACAAUCUGGGCAUCUUUGAGUCGCAAAAGGCCAAUCAUGUGCUGGUCAAUGAGUAUCUGCCGGGUCAGGGCAUUUUGCCGCACACAGACGGACCGCUCUUCUAUCCAAUUAUAUCGACCAUUUCAUGUGGUGCCCACACCGUGCUCGAGUUUACCAAGCGCGAAACCACCGGCGAGGCAACUGGCGAGGUGCUAUUCAAGCUUCUCUUGGAGCCACGCAGCUUGCUCAUAUUGAAGGACACACUUUAUAGCGACUAUAUGCAUGCCAUUAGCGAGAUCAACGAGGAUACGCUAUGCGAUCGCAUCUGUAAUUACAAUCUAUGCGAGAAUACAUACAAAAUUGGGGAUCAUCUGGUGCGUCGUGCACCACGCAUUUCGCUAACCAUACGCAAUGUGCCCAAGACCAGCAAAAUGAAACUGAAGUUCUGUUAAACUCUUACAAUUGUUGCUAAAUUUGUUAACUAAAUGCAUACGUUGCGAAUGUCACGUAGCCCACUGAAGUCAGCCCACGAGUUGCCAAGGCGCAAAACUGUAACUAACUUAAGCUAAUAUGUAUGUUCAACUUAAAAUCUUCCGCUAGAUAUUUAAGCACCACGCACACACACACACCUUUGAGCAAUGUUUCAUAAUGCAAAUUGCGUAUUUUUUGAGCAAAGUUUCAGCAUUGCCCACCAAGUGCUUUAUUUUUGGUAACCAAAAAAGAUGUUUACUCAAUUAUACCAAUUAUGUACAUAUAUAUAUAUAGAUAAGUAUAUGUCUAAUAAUUUAUAGAUUUAGUUAAUGAAAGCAAUAUGCAUACAUAUUCAAGCAUUUGUUAAGUGGCAUAUGUAUGUGCGUGUUUUUCCAUAAGUC